AGAGCCGGUUCCAAUAGCCGAAUUCGUCUUGAUCGUGUCACGUUUUCUCUGGCACGCACCCUCUUCUGCCUGAUUGGCGGCUGCAAGAAGAGCGACUUCCUCGACUCUCGACGUCGGAGUUGUUUUCCAUGGUUUUGAAGGAGUCCGGACUUUCGUGCCUUGCAGAUGAAGCGUUCGACGAAAUGCCGGUGAAAACUGCCAUGGUUUGCUUCCCCGUUGAACUGGGCGUUUUCUUAACUUGAAACCUUGAAUGGGAGUCGCACUUAUUUUUGGCAGAGACAGGCAAUUGCAAAAUGCUUUUCUCAAGAGUUCCUCGCCUCCUCCUCCCCAAAUCCAAUAACCAAAUCCCCGUCUCUUUGUUUCGUCACCUAAAGACCCUCCCUUCAGCUUCCUCCUUUGAUGCAUCUUCUCUGCAAACCCGCAAGAAAGAUGACUACUUUGCAGUUGUCCAGCACAUUACCAACAUUGUUCGCCACGACUACUACAUGGAGCGGACCCUCAACAAGAUGCGCGUUUCCCUAACCUCCGACCUCGUCUACCGUGUCCUUCGUGCCUGCUCCCGCUGCGGCACCGAGUCGUUACGGUUCUUCAACUGGGCUUGCACCUGCCAGCCUGCUUCCUAUGCCCCCACUUCAGUUGAAUACGAAGAGAUUGUCAAGAUCUUGGCUCAAACCAAGAAGUAUGAGUCCAUGUGGAAGAUCAUCCACCAAAUGAAAAGUCAGCAUCUGGGUCUUUCUCCAAACACUGGAUGUUUCAUCAUUGAGGAGUUUGGUAAGCAUGGGCUUAUUGAUCAGGCAGUCGAGAUCUUCAAUAAGUUGAAGCACUUUGAUUGCAAGCAGAAUAUCGAUGUUCACAAUUCUUUGCUGUUUGCUCUUUGUGAAGUUAAGAUGUUUCAUGGGGCUUAUGCUCUGAUCAGGCGGAUGAUCAGAAAAGGAGAGGUUCCGGACAAGAGAACCUUUGCAAUCCUUGUUAAUGGCUGGUGCUCGGCUGGUAAGAUGAGGGAGGCACAGGACUUUUUAGAGGAGAUGAGUAGAAAAGGGUUUAAUCCUCCAGUGAGGGGUCGUGAUCUUUUGAUUGAAGGGCUGUUGAAUGCAGGUUAUUUGGAGUCUGCUAAGGAAAUGGUGAGGAAGAUGACUAAGGAAGGCUUUGUGCCUGAUGUUGGGACCAUUAAUUCUUUGUUGGAAGCCAUUGUGAAAUCUGGGGAGCUUGAUUUUUGUCUUAGUCUUUAUCAUAGCGUAUGCAAACUAGGACUAUGUCCCGACAUCGGUACUUACAAGCUUUUGAUACCAGCUGUUUCUAAGGCGGGAAUGAUUGAUGAGGCUUUCAGGCUUCUGCAUAAAUCAAUUGAGGAUGGACAUAAGCCUUUUCCUAGUCUAUAUGCACCUAUAAUAAAAGGGAUGUGUAGGAGAGGACAGUUUGAUGAUGCAUUUAGUUUCUUCAGCGAAAUGAAACUUAAGGGGCAUCCACCUAAUCGGCCUGUUUAUACAAUGUUGAUAACUAUGUCGGCACGUGGAGGGAGGUAUGUAGAGGCUGCUAACUAUCUGGCGGAGAUGACUGAGUUUGGCUUUACACCCAUUUCCCGGUGCUUUGACAUGGUUACUGAUGGCUUGCAGAGUUGUGGAAAGCAUGAUCUAGCUGAAAAGCUGAUGCAGUUGGAGGUAUCCCAACAGUGAUUGAUGAUGGCUAUGGGGACUGAUCGAGGAGGGUCUUAGAGGCUUUGUCCCACUUUUAAGGCAUCCAGUUUGUUGUGCAGUGACUAUUACUAGGGUAUAAUUGAAGAACAAGUCCAAGAGUAGAAAGCACAUUGGAGAAGCUUGAAUUGGAUAUGCCAAAAGAAGAAAAAUUGGAUGAACAUGGUUUGGCAUAAGCGCAGUAUGACUGGCUUCUUUUUGUUGAACACCUAGUAACUAUUUUAUUUUUUCCUGGAUUUGAUCUUUAAGUUUUUCUGCUUUGUCUCGGUGGAGUCGGUGUUAACAGAGCCUCUGGAGUUUGGAGAUAAGACCUCGGAGCAGCCAUUAUGAAUCUAUGAUGCUAGGACUUCUGUCUUUUGGGUUGAAGCUGCAACAGAAGAUGCCAUAUAAAAUUUCUUGCAGGAUCUGUUGCUUUGGAUUGAACUUUUUAAGGAAGAUAGCAUUCAUGGUUGUUUGAUGUGGGGAUCGAUGGAAGCUGACCAUCGUUGAUGAUUAUGUAAUCGAGUAGAGUUAUGUCAGCAGACAGUUCCUGUUUCGAACUGGGAUAUUGGACAGGCCAAUUCUACCCUUUCUCCUGCUUGUGCUUUAAUAACAUUAUUGAAUUCAUCUUUAUGUGGAAGCUCUGCAAAAUUCCGUUGGGAUC